AUGUAUGAAUCACCUAUUGUAAGAAAAUUUCAUUAUACGAAUGACGAAUAUUCCGGCGAGAAUUAUUUUCCCUUUUCAGAAGCGAGGGAAGCGAUCACCCCCGCGAACCGACACGAAUUGGAUGGUGUCAACAAUCACCUUAUUCCACGUUUCCCAAUAAAACGUCCGACACAACAAUACACGUAUACAUGCAAAGGCGUUUGGAAGGCCGGUCCGAUCUUGACCGAUUCGAUCGGUCGUGCACGCGCUCCUCUCGAAAUCAUGGGUAGAAGCCAUGCCGCCGAAAGAGCAACAAUCUCGAUUCAGUCGCUCGCAAGUCCCAUCUAA